ACGGGUUCAGGGAACCUACACCAUGGGUACGGGCUUUGACGUGAACAUCGUUGAUGAGGAGCUUGGUAUCAUCCCGCGCCCGUCCACCCUCUUCAAGGGCAUCGAGGAGCGCCGACAGGCCGCCCAGGAGCAGGGACGCCCGUGCCGGAGUUUAAGAUUCGCCCAAUUCCUCGAGCUUUAUAAUGAGGAAGUUCUGGACUUGUUUGACUCCACACGAGACAUGAAGCAGAAAUCUCACAUCAAGAUCCACGAAGACGCCACCGGGGGAAUCUACACAGUAGGAGUGACCACACGGACCGUGUCCUCCGAGGCUGAGAUGAUACAGUGCCUGAAGCUGGGGGCUCUUUCUCGCACCACAGCCAGCACUCAGAUGAACGUCCAGAGCUCUCGAUCCCACGCCAUCUUCACCAUCCACCUGUGCCAAGUUCGCGUCUGUGCCUCUGACAAUCAAGAAACUGAGACUGAUAACAGAGUCUCCAACGGAAACUCUGAGAUGGACGAGUAUGAGACGCUGACCGCCAAGUUUCACUUGGACUUGGCCGGUUCUGAGAGGCUGAAGAGAACCGGAGCGACAGGUGAUCGCGCCAAAGAGGGCAUCUCCAUCAACUGUGGACUGCUCGCUCUGGGGAAUGUAAUCAGUGCUUUGGGUGACCGUGGCAAGCGGUCUUCACAUGUGCCUUACAGAGACUCCAAACUUACCCGACUUCUACAGGACUCAUUAGGAGGAAACAG